GAAGGUUAGGCUGCGCCCUCCCUCCCCCUCCUUCUUUCCUUUUCUGUCGCUGGCCGCCGCCGCCGGUGCCCGGAGUCACCUGAGAGAAGAUGGCGGCGGUGGUGGCCCGGCUGGAGGGCCGGGAGUUCGAGUACCUGAUGAAGAAGCGCUCGGUGACCAUAGGCCGCAACUCGUCGCAGGGCUCGGUGGAUGUCAGCAUGGGCCACUCCAGCUUCAUCUCCCGCCGCCACCUGGAGAUCUUCACCGCCGGAGACGAGCAGGACGCCGAGUUCUACCUGCGCUGCCUGGGCAAGAACGGGGUGUUCGUGGACGGUGUCUUCCAGAGACGGGGGGCCCCGCCGCUGCCCCUCCCCCGAGUAUGCACCUUCAGGUUUCCCAGCACAAAUAUCAAGAUCACAUUCACUGCGCUCUCACGUGACAAGAAAGAGAAGCAGGAAGCCCCCGAGUCCCCCAUCAAACCAGUGCAGCCGCAGAUCUCCCCCCUGACCAUAAACAUUCCAGAGAACAUAGCUCACCUAAUCAGCCCCCUGCCUUCCCCGACCGGAACCAUAAGCGCUGCAAACUCUUGCCCCUCUAGCCCCCGGGGGGCCGGCUCAUCUGGGUAUAAAAUGGGUCGUGUUAUACCCGCUGACCUGAUCUCCGACAAUUCCCACUUGGAGAACGACAAAGAAGCUUCAGGCGGAGACAGUCCCAAGGAUGACUCCAAGCCCCCGUACUCUUAUGCACAGCUAAUAGUACAAGCAAUCACCAUGGCCCCAGACAAGCAGCUCACCUUAAAUGGAAUUUACACGCACAUAACGAAAAACUACCCCUACUAUAGAACAGCGGACAAAGGCUGGCAGAAUUCUAUCCGUCACAACCUUUCUCUCAACCGGUAUUUUAUCAAAGUCCCGCGAUCCCAGGAGGAGCCCGGCAAAGGAUCCUUCUGGAGGAUAGACCCAGCGUCCGAGAGCAAACUUAUAGAGCAAGCUUUUAGAAAACGAAGGCCCCGGGGUGUGCCGUGUUUCAGGACGCCCUUAGGACCCCUUUCCUCAAGGAGUGCGCCAGCAUCUCCCAACCACUCCGGGGUUUUGUCGGCACACUCGAGUGGAGUCCAGACCCCGGAGAGCCUGUCCAGGGAAGGCUCGCCAGUUCCGAUGGACCCGGAGCCAAGCGCCAUCCAGCCAAAGCUUGCCGUGAUCCAGGAAGCGCGGUUUGCACAGAGCGCCCCAGGAUCCCCCCUUUCCGGCCAAUCAGUCCUCAUCACUGUGCAGCGGCAGCUCCCCCAGACGAUAAAACCAAUGACGUACACAGUGGCCACCCCUGUUACCACCUCCCAGCAACAGCAGACCCUCAUGCAGACUGUGCACGUGGUCCACCAGAUCCCUGCAGUGUCAGUUACCAAUGUUUCGGGCCUGACCCCCGUCAACACCUACACGGUUGCGGGACAGGCGAUGGUAGCCCAGGCCACAAUGGUAGCCCAGCCUAAACUAGAGCCACACGAGAACGGAGACCACAAGGAGAUGAAAGGUAGAGACGCUCACCCUCCACUGUCUAUCUACUUCCCCUCAGUAAAAGUAGAAGCAAUUCCUGCGAUCAACCACCAAGCGCUCAACACAGCCAGCCGAAUUAUCCAGACCUCAUCGUCUGCCCCCCUCCAGACGGUUACUAUAGUGCAGCAAGCCCCUCUAGGUCAACACCAGCUCCCCAUCAAAGCCGUCACACAGAACGGGACACACAUGGUGCCCAUCACCACUGCCAUACAAGGACAGGUCACUACAGCAAACUCGAGUUCCCACCUGAUUGACAGAGCUUGGCAGUGGAGAGGAAAUGGAAGCCGAGCUGCAGCCAGCCCCCUCCACCUGUUGGCCACGCACGCCUCUGCGUCAGCCUCACUCCCGACCAAGAGGCAGAUCGGAGACCAGAACGACCAGCUGGACAUCAAGAAACACAAGAGCGAGGAAACGGAAGGUUUAGGCGUGGCGGAGAACGCCCAGACGGAAGGAACCGCGGCAGCGUCCAACGACCAUGACAACCAAAAAUAGGAACCGCGCACAUUCUUUUUCUUUUCUUCUUCACUCCUUUUUUUUUUUUUUUUUUCUUCCACUUUGUUCCGGAAAGAAGAUGCCACCCCCACCUUUUACAGAUUUACAGCGUCAGAGGUGCCAAAAAUGAAUGCGCUCUCUCAUCGUACGCACCGGGGCGCGCGGGGGGGGGGACGGGACGUGGUAAAAAAUGAUGUUCCGAAUCAGCACUGAAUCCACAUGGGCAGCCAUAGAAAACCUCAAACACCGGAGAAAUAUUUCUGAUAUUACUCGGCUGCCUCUCCCCCCGCCCCCCCUGCCCAAAGUACACACAGGAUGUAUGGACAUGCGCAAAAAGCUGACAAGCUUUAAAUUAUUAUCCCCCCCCCCCCUUUUUUUUUCUUUUUAAGUCCUGUACUGAGCACAUUAUUGUGGCAAGCAUGGUAAUGGCUUGAUGUGGUCUGGAUCUGACAAGUGAUGGAUUGUAUAUUCCUCUUCCGAGGGGUGUGUACCGUGUACCUACCGGCAGCUAAGUCCUCCACCCCUCCCCCUUUGCAGAACGCCCUGGACGGGUCUCCUCGGCGGAAGGGUCAGGCGUUACAGCGAACUUCUCUAGCAGUAUUUUUUUUUUUUUUGCUGUACACGGGACUGUUUUUUCAUUUUUUUCCAGCAGAUCAGGAUAAUGGGUCAUACAUUUCAUAUAUUCCAGCCACUCCAAUGUCAACAUUUUCUGUUGCUUUUUAGUAUAAUCAAUUUUUUUUUCUUUUUUUUUUCUUCUGCAAAAUGAAUGUAGGUGUUUUUUGUUUUUUUUGUUUGUUUUUUUUUAGAUUUCCUCCGUCACAUAUUGGAUAUUUUAUCUGGAAAGAAAAAAAAACUUUAAUUUUCCAAUAUUUUGCCCUUCUAUUUUAGUCUGAAUUUUUCAGAUCUUUUUUUUUUUUUUUUUUCCCAUGUUUGGUGAUUUUUUUUUUUUUUUUUUUUGCAUGUUUAUUGGAGGAAGAAAAGAAAAAGAAGAAAAUUUAAAACCAUCCGAAAACCUAAAGAGACAUUUUAACAAAUUGUAAAGAGACUGCUAUUGAUUUUUGAUCAGAGCUGCACUUAACCCUUUGUCCCCUUCUGUUCUGUGUCCCGUCCUAAUUUUACCAUCUCACUUUCCCCUCCCCCCCCCUCUCACCCGCCCCGGUCCCACCCCCUCCUUCCUUACUUCUAAAGGUUAUAAAAAAAAUGAGAAAAAAAAACCAUAAAAAUUAUCUUGCUUAAUAUUGUGUAUGUUAUGGCAAAGGCUGCUGUUAAAAAGUCCCACUUAGGAAAAAAAGAGAAAAAGAUCCGAAAGGCAAGAAGGAAAUGAUAAAAAAACAAAAUAAACAAAAAAAAAAAUAGUAAAAGAAAAAUGUGUCAAGGGUAACUUUUCAUCCAACCGCCGAAUCCGAAUGUGAGCGGCAGAACUUAUUUGGUUUCCGUUAUGUUUUUUGUUUUGUUUUAUUUCUGGCAAAAUCCACUUGUAACAAUAAUUUUCUUCCUUUUAUUUUUUAUUUUUUUUUUAAGUUCACCGUUAUGCAGAAAAUUUUCUUGGGCCUAGCGUAGUUUUUAUAUUUGUUUCUCAGUUCUCCAUUGUGGCUUUUUUUUUUUUAUCCUGGUUCCGUUUUUUCAUUAUUCAAAAUGUCCGGCCUUCCCUGAAAAAAUGGCGUUUGGAUAAUGCAAGGUGACAUUUAUUUAUAUAUAUUUUUUUUUGUUUAAUGACCUCAUUAAAAUAUUUAUAAUCUUGACAUUUAAUAAACCUAGGAGUAUGACAUUUUACAUCAAAAAAAAAAUAAUACUUUUUUUAAACUAA